GGAAGUUUGGUUGUUUUUCCUGGUGAGGUCACACUGUUGUCACAGAGACUUAGUAGUUGAAGCGAUUUUGACAGCAAAAUGAACUUUGACGGAACUUCCAGGUGUUGUUGGUGAAGUUUUCCUGAACCCUGAGCUGUGCUGUUUGCUGUGGAAUCUGAGCGGAAGGGAGCAGAAAUAUGCAGCUUUGACAACUCCAGUCUUCCCUGGAGCUGAUUGAUUGGCUAAACGGCUGCUUAUCGUCUGCACACAGAACAUCUGCAGGUGCAGCAGCAAUAUGACUAAGAGAAGCCCAUCUCUUCAGCUGGUUAAAAGGAUGCUGAACCAUCACUGCAGAGGGAACCCUGAUCUCCAUGAGGAGCUGCAGAUCCAGGCUGCAGUGGCAGCGGGGGACAUAUGCACCGUCAGGAGGAUGCUGGAGCAGGGCUACUCGCCUAAGAUACGGGACGCCAAUGGGUGGACGCUGCUGCACUUCUCUGCUGCCAAAGGAAAGGAGCGAUGUGUCCGAGUCUUUCUGGAGCAUGGAGCGGACCCCACAGUGAAGGACUUCAUUGGUGGCUUCACAGCCCUUCACUAUGCAGCCAUGCAUGGCAGGGCUCGCAUUGCCCGACUGAUGCUGGAGUCCGAGUAUCGCGGUGACAUCAUCAACGCUAAAAGCAAUGAUGGCUGGACACCGCUCCAUGUGGCAGCCCAUUAUGGCCGUGACUCGUUUGUACGCCUCCUGCUGGAGUUCAGGGCCGAGGUGGAUCCACUUAGUGACAAAGGCACCACGCCACUGCAGCUGGCCAUCAUCCGUGAGCGCUCCAGCUGCGUACGGAUCUUGCUGGACCACAGCGCCAACAUCGAUAUUCAGAAUGGUUUCCUGCUGCGCUAUGCCGUCAUCAAAGGAAACCAUUCCUACUGCCGUAUGUUCCUGCAGAGGGGGGCAGACACAAACCUUGGUCGCCUUGAAGAUGGACAGACCCCUCUGCAUCUGUCAGCCCUUAGGGACGAUGCGCUGUGUGCUCAGAUGCUCUACACAUACGGGGCUAACACCAACACCAGGAACUACGAAGGCCAAACCCCCGUAGCUGUGUCUAUUAGCAUGUCUGGAAUUAGCCGGCCUUGCCUGGAUUUCCUGCAGGAGGUCACCAGGCAACCUCGGAGUCUCCAGGACCUGUGUCGAAUAAAAAUCCGUCACUGUAUUGGCCUUCAAAGUUUGAAAUUCUUGGAGGAUCUUCCAAUUGCAAAAGUUAUGAAAGACUAUUUAAAACAUAAGUUUGACAGUUUGUGAAGGAGCUUGGAACAAGCGGACAGACGGUGACGGGCUCUCUGUCAGACUAUGCAAGCAUUAUGAUUCUGCUCUAGAAGGAUGCUCUGCUUUGUUCUGUACGUUCUGAAGAUUUAGUCCAAUCAGAUUUUUUUUCUUUAUCAACACU